AUGGAGUUGCUCAGAGUAAAUGCAGAGAUCCUCUUCCAUGCUUCUAAUCAUGAUGAUAUUCCCAUGUUUCAUAAUUUGUCUUUCUUGGGUUUAAUUGGCAUUCUUUGUGAGUGGCAUCUUAUACAACUCUUGCUUCAUCGAACUCCAAACCUACAAAUGCUUGUCUUUAGAUUGGUUUCCUAUGAUGGUGAAAGAUCUGCAAUUGAUGGUUGCUUGAAGAAGCCACGAGAUGUUCCUAAAUGUCUAUCAUCACAGCUUACAACCUGUUAUUUUGAAGGAUUUUCAAGGAGGAAGGUUGAGAUGAAACUUAAAGCUCUUAUUCAAAUUUGGCUUUUUGAGCAAGAAGACUUGAGCAUCAAGGGUUGA